AGAGAGAGAGAGAGAGGGAGAGAGUUCUGUUGUUCGUCUGAUAGGUAAGUCUUUCUUCAUAUAUUCGCAUAAUUUAUGUAAUUGUGUAUGUACUUGUAUUAUGCAUAUAGAUAUACGUAUCUGUAUUUGUGUAUGAAUCGGAUUAGAGUUUAGAUUUGUGUUGAUUUAUUCUUAUUAAAAAUUGUUAGGGUUAGUUUUUUGGUUUUUUUUUUUUAUUUGAGGCGGUAAUCCUAUUUUUUUUUGGUGAUUUUAUUCUUUAUAGUAAAUUUUCGAGUCAGAUUUUGUAGUAUGUUUUCGAUGCUUCGAAUUUAGGGUUCAUUGUAGAUGUAAUAUGUUAGUGUGUACAUCCUUCGAAUCUAGUCUUUAGAAGUUCUUGUUCAUUUUCCAUAAAACAAUUGGCGGCUCUGUGCGAUGUAAGAAAUUUCCACACAUCCCCUUUCCUCUCCAUCCUCGUUCCCUUGCCAUCCCACCAUUUGAUUCUAUCAUUUGAAAAGUUAGAUAGAAUCAUUGAAAAUUGUGAAAAAUUGGGUGAUAGAAGAAUUAUGAAAAGUUAGGGUGGUAAAACUAUAUUUUUUUUUUAUUGCAAAUAAUAGGCUGAUUUUUCAAAGAAAUUUAAUUGAGGGGUAGUUGAUUAAUGGGGUUAGAGGGGUAGUUACAUGGAACAUUUGUUAGAAUUGAUAAUUAAAUAAUUGAAAACUCUGGCAAGGCUUUUCAAAACACCUCCCACCUGAUUUGAUUGCUAUAUAUAUAGUGUAGCCAGUAUAGAUUUGGCAUUGUAGUGUGUAGGCAAUUCCUUGAUAAUUUGUAUCAAUUUUUUGUUUUGAUAUCUUGGAAUUCACAGAUGGCUCGUACCAAGCAAACUGCUCGUAAGUCAACUGGAGGAAAGGCUCCCAGGAAGCAACUUGCUACUAAGGCUGCCCGUAAGUCUGCUCCGACAACUGGAGGAGUGAAGAAGCCCCACAGAUAUCGCCCUGGUACUGUUGCCCUCCGUGAAAUCAGAAAGUACCAGAAAAGCACUGAGCUUCUGAUCAGGAAGCUCCCAUUCCAGAGGCUUGUCCGUGAAAUUGCCCAAGAUUUCAAGACUGACCUGCGUUUCCAGAGCCAUGCAGUGCUGGCGCUGCAAGAGGCUGCUGAGGCAUACCUUGUGGGACUGUUUGAGGACACUAACCUCUGUGCAAUUCAUGCCAAGCGGGUGACCAUCAUGCCGAAGGAUAUCCAGCUAGCUAGGAGAAUCAGGGGAGAGCGCGCUUAAUUAAUUAUGUUGCCCCGAUGUUAGUAAUUGAUGGAUUAGGGUGAUGUUCUUUGGUUUGGUUCAAUGUUAAGUAAUAUAGUUUUAUAGGUACUCAAACAUUUAGUAGUAGAUGGGGAUUAUAGGAUGUUGGGGGUGUGCUGUAAUGUUUGUCUUGGUUAGUGGAGGGAUGUGAAUUUAGUAUUUUCUUUGCUGAUUUCUGUUUUUGUUGUCACAUCACUGGUGUUGAACAAUCUCUUAAAUGUUUGGGUCCAAUGUAGUGGAUUUGUUCUAUUUACCUAUCCAGCCCCCCCCCCCCCCCCCCCCCCCCCCUCUUUUUUUUUUUUUUUGUUGGUGUUUUGAUACAUGAUUGGUUGAAUUAAUAAUGGUUAUAGGUUUAGUACUGUUAUGCAUUAAUAUUUUUGUAAUAUUUUAUGAACUUUUCUUAUAUCCGGUGGAACUUUUGUGAUGGUAUUUAUGUCUUUGUUUUUUUUGGCGGAAUCCAACUGUGUGCCAUAGUGUCAUAUGCUUUCAGUUGUAUUGGGCAAUGCAUGGAUGUAGUUUUUACUUGAUAUGUAUGGUUGAUGAUACCAUUUGUUUGUGUUUCCUCCUAUUAUGAGUUGUCUAAUCUCUCUGAAUGCAAAAGUAU